AUGCUAGUUAAAGGAGAGUCAUCAUCAAAAGUCUGCAUGGGGGAGGAAACCUGGACAGUGAGAUUCAUUGUGUGUCCAGAACUUGCCGGGGUCGUGAUACUUGGUGCCGAUUUCCUACGCUACACCAAAGCCCUCCUAAAUUUUGCAGAAAGAACCUUUUCCACUCAUCGUGCCACCGGGGCUAACGCAGAUACUUCGCUAUCGAAAGAUGACGCAGAUGACAUCUGCAACACCCUUUUUGAAAAUGCAGUCACUCUCAUGAACAACCUAGAUGAUCUUUGUGUGCAGCUGACCCACAUUUCUGAUGACGAGAGAAAAGAACUCCGUGAGCUCCUGCUUAAGUAUGCGAGCAUCUUCUCGUGUCAGGGUCCACACAGACGUGUUCCACCUCCUUUGCUGGAGGAAGUAAACCGUCUGAUUGAAGAGAUGCUUCGAGAUGAGGUUAUAAAGCCACCCAAGUCAACAUGGGUCCCUCCUAUCGCGCCGGUAAAGAAGAAUGACGGCAGUCUGCGACUACGCAUCGACUACAGGAAGUUGAAUGCUGUAACCAAGACGGAUGCCUUCCCCCUCUCCCGCAUAAAUGACUCACUUGACUCCUUACAUGGGUCGCAGUGGAAUUUCACCCUUGAUUUGAAGUCGGGAUAUUGGCAAGUGGAAGUAGCAGAAGCAGACAGAGAGGAGACUGCUUUCAUAUUGCCAAACGGACUUUAUGAAUUCCAAACGAUGUCCUUCGGACGCUGUAACGCAGUGGCUACUAUCCAACGACUAAUGAAAAUAACACUAAUCGGCCUAUUUCCAAAACCUUGCAUGAUCUAUCUCGAUGACAUUCUCGUUUUUGGCGGAGAUAUUCAAGAGCAUAAUGCCAACCUGAAACUAGUGCUGGAUCGUCUACGAGAUGCAAGGUUAACCCUGGACCCGAAGAAGUGCCGUUUCCUGCAACGCUUGGUCACCUUCCCGGGACAUACGGUCCAGUCGAAUGCGAUUGCAGUCACCGAAGACCGUGCAAAACAAACGGAGCUCCGCACUUUCCUAUGUCCGGCAGGUUAUUACCGGCGUUUUGUUAAGGGUUUUACUAAGAUCGCCAGCCCGCUACAUAAAUUAACCGAAAAGCAGAGGGAGAAGAAUUUUAAAUGGGAGAAAAAGCAUGAUGAGACGUUUAAAGAACUGAAGCGAAUGCUCUGCUCUGCGCCGAUCCUAGCAUUGCUAAACUUCAAAUCGAGCGCUCCACCGUUUGUACUGGAUACGGAUACGAGCGACGCAGCCGUGGGCGGUGUACUCUCACAAAAGGACAAAGAAGGAAAGAAGGGAACACGCCAUUGCCUACGCAAGUACAAGGCUCAACAUAACCUGAUAGCGAGGAAGUUCUUUGUUAGAACCGACCAUCAGGCACUCACCUGGUUAAAAACAAUGAAGGAGAUCGAUCAUUCAGUCGCACUCUGGUACGAAGAACUGCAACAGUAUAAUUUUACAGUUCAAUGCAGAAAAGGAAGGAAGCAUGGUAAUGCGGAUGCACUAUCCCGCAGACCAACUCCAGCAGAAACAGCUGACGUUAUGGUGGCUGUGGCUCUCAAUUUGUUAUCACUGGGGCCCUCGAGCUUGUUUCAUCCUGUUAUUGUGCUCACGUUGGUUCGUGACCCACAAUGUCAUAUCCCACAGUUGGUGGUGCUUGGUCAACGACGCCUUGUGAUUCACGAGGUUGGUGGGUAG